UGAUUUCUUCUUCAAUCUUCUCUUAACGACUAAGUAUCUCUCUCUUUGGGUUAUUAUAUAUAUGGGUUCGAUCAACAAAUGCCUUUUAUGAACCAUAUAUUUGAUUAUUGGAGAAACAAAAAUGGAGUUUUACCCCUACCCAUCUCCUUCGCCUCACAGAUCUUCCCCUUCGUCUCCUUCUUCUUCUUCUUCUUCCUCUUCUUCCUCUUCUUCUUCUCCUUCUUCUUCAUCUCCGUCUUCUUCGUUAUCAUCAUUUGGGAUCUGGGUUGAAAGAGUAAGAGGGGUUUGUCGCUCUGUGGCUUCUGCGAUUCUUAGCAACCUUCUUUCUGCAAUUUUCACCUUCUUUUUCGCAUUAGUGGGUUCCUUGUUAGGAGCAGUGACCGGAGCUUUAAUAGGUCAAGAAACUGAGAGUGGAUUCUUCCGGGGAGCCGCGGUUGGUGCCAUCUCUGGAGCUGUUUUCUCAAUUGAGGUCUUUGAAUCUUCUCUUCUUCUUUGGCAGUCUGACGAUUCAGGAAUUGGGUGUCUCCUCUACUUGAUUGAUGUUAUUGCAAGCCUUCUGAGCGGAAGACUUGUUCGUGAGCGGAUUGGCCCAGCAAUGCUAAGUGCAGUUCAGAGUCAGAUGGGUUCUGGUGAAACUAGCUUUGAAGAAAUCACAAGCAUCUUCGAAACAGGUGGAACCAAAGGAUUGUCAGGAGAUUCAGUCGAGAAAAUUCCAAAGGUCAAAAUCACAAGCAUGAACAAUGAGGAUGAAUCUGGGGAUAGGCUCUCCUGUUCAGUAUGCCUUCAGGAUUUUCAGCUUGGGGAGACAGUUCGAAGUUUGCCUCACUGUCACCACAUGUUCCAUCUACCUUGCAUCGAUGAGUGGCUUGUCAGGCAUGGUUCUUGCCCAUUAUGCAGAAGGGAUAUGUAAUGCUCCUACGGUGAAUUACAAUAUGAAGAGUUUCUGUAUUUUUUUGUUUCAUUUGUUUUGUAUUCUUAUGUAGGUUUACACUUAUACAAUUUUACCACUUCACCAACUUCAUUGUAACAUUACCACCUCAGUUUAUAAGAAAGCUUCAGAAUAGCAAACAUGAACAACCACAGUUGUUGCCAUAUAUGUGUAGAUAUUGUUAUGUUCUUCCCAUUUCA